AUGAUGAUGCUGGAGAAAGCCGUCGUUGCGGCCCUUGUGUGCCUCUACUCUUGUGGAGCUGAUGCCUACAGCACUUCAUCAGCUGCCAACAGCAAGCACAACAAUGACGUUCUUUCCCGUCGUUCCCUGGGCGCCCAGGCACUUCGCAGUCUGGUAGCCGCCACCGGCGCCGCCACCGGCGCCGCCGCGAUCGUGGGCCACACGCCUGCUGCAGUGGCAUCGGAAGGCGAUGAAGUCGAUGUGUACUUUGGUGUUGGUUGCUUUUGGCACAUUCAACACGAAUUUGUGGACGCGGAACGUACCAUUCUGAGCCGUGACGACAAUUCCUUGACGUCGAGGACUGGUUAUGCGGGAGGAAGCAAGGUAGAUUCCGAAGGCAGGGUUUGCUACCACAACUUUCAGGGCAUUGCCGACUAUGGAAAGUAUGGCCAUGGCGAAGUGGUGGGAAUGUCACUGCCCAGUAGUAAGGUUUCCGAUUUUGCUCAAGUCUAUUUCAGCCUGUUCAACCCCAAGACAAAGGACCGAGUUGACCCACAAGAUCGAGGUGGCGAAUACCGAUCUUUGAUUGGUAUCCCUCAAGGCCAAAAGAGUCCCUUGUACGAAGGAAUUGCCAAGGCAGCUGAGGACGCUGGGUUCAAACUGGAGCUGGGCAAAGGCAAUGAUCCUGACACUUUGGGGAAGAAACUUGUCUAUGUUUAUGAUUCUACCAAGUUUCCAUUUUAUCAGGCCGAGGUUUACCAUCAGUUCCACAACGAUUUCCAAUCACCAGCAUACGGCAAGACAUACAACAAUUUGGCAAAUCUGGCCCUGGAUGACGGGCGGAUUCGAGGAACAGGAUGUCCUGAUCGGGUUUGA